GGGAUUUUAGAUCUGCUUGCAAGACAGUGAAAUAGAAUUGAAAUGUCAUAAAAAUUAAAAGAUAACACCAGAUCAAACAAUAAAAGCAAGCAUGCCCGUUAGGAUACAACUAUUUACACUUAUAAAGGCACUACUGAUCAGUGAGUCCAUGCAGUAUUCUCACACAGCACAGCCUUGUCUAGCAGCUUUCUGUACCUUUAUCCAGAGGAGACUCCUUUCCACCCUGCUUGCUGCAUUGCACCACUGAUUUAGUGAAGACAUCAUCCUCAUAAGGAUGCUCUUCUAACUCACCUCUGAAAUCCGCUUGCUUUUCUCCUCUGACAAUUAGGUUUAAAUGUGCUGCAGCAAAGUACUCAUCCUUAGCAGUCGUAUGGCUUUUUAAGUGAUAAACUGCAUUAGCAAAUUCCUUAUUAGAUAAUCUAUCAAAUGAGGUCAUACAUAAUUUUAGCAGUCUCAUCUUGAUUUAUAGCAUGAUCACAGCAAAUUAUGCACACACAAACCAGCAUGCAAGCUGUCAAAGUCAGGUAUUUUUACUCUGCUAAAAACUAUUGCCAGGACAGCCCAGUGUCCUACUGGUAGAACUCUGCAUCACCAUGGCUUGCCCAGUUUGCAGGAUAGCCCUCAAGCUCACCCCUCGCCUUUUAUUAGGACUGAUGAGAGUUCAAGGCAGUAGGUUAAGUCCUUGCUUCAUACAUUCUAACAAUAAUCCUUAAUGGUGUUUAUUCUGACAGAUUUUCCAUACUCCUCUUAAGUAAGGGCAUGGGCUCUCUAGAAAGGUAAGCUUAGGUAUGGGGAAACUGGGUCUGCAGGGUGCUGAUCUUCUCCCUGCCUCCCUUCUGUGUUCCCAAGGGAAUGAAAAGCUAGUUGGAGUGAAUCAUCAGGCAGCACUGCACACGACUGUAACAGAGUCUGCUUCCCAGUCCAGGCUGCUUGGGCUGGUAGAGACUUGGUUGCCUGCACCCACUGGCACUGGAGGAGGCAGUGCUCCAUCUCCUACAGCCAUCUGCACUGGGGAGCCAUGCCACCUGCCUUGCUACAAGCACAAGUGAUGAGAUGCAGGGAAAAACAGGAAGGAUCUUCAGGAGAAAAUGCUGUUUCUGAACUGCCCUUCGCUAUCACUGCUGCUCUGUUGUUCACUGCAGCACCCAUGCUGGAAGUAAAUUGCUCCCGGGAUCCAAAAGGGACACGAUUCCUAUCCCCCAGCUUCAAACUUCUGCAAGUAAUAUUUCAUCCAUGGAGAUUUAUCUGUAACUACCAUAGGGGGGAGCUGCAAUAAAUUAUCUGAUCUUGCCUUUCUCUUCACCUGCUCUCAACUCACAUUGCUAUUUCUAGGGUUUAAGCUGUGCAAAGUGGCAAGAGUACAUGUAAUCUCCAUUUCCCACUGGACUUAUGGCCAAACUCUGUCUGUGAAGGACCAAGUAGGAUGGAACAAGAUGUGUUCUUUGGCAUUCCAGCUGGUUUUGUGCAGAUUCUUGUCUCAGCCAUUUGCUGGAGAGCACAGGGCUUCCUUUCCCAGAGGCAGCUAUGAAGCAUUGCCACCUCAUCUCUCCUUGGGUGCCUCAUAGAAGCUCAAUGCUCUGCAAAGCUCCAGGCCUGCAGACAGAGACAGCAGAGCUCGCCAGUGUCACACUAAUAUCAGAGUCACCUGAGCUGUUGUCCCACGUGGUUUUCCUGGAGUGCAUGUUCUUCACAUCAGGAAUUUGUAGUUCUCCUACAGUGCACACCCCACAGAUACAAAUGCAAGGGUCUUUUGAAGAGCAGCAGUCACCAGUUGCAUUUAGAUUGGUCUCAGGAAGAUGUGCAAAUCACUGUACACAAAAGGAAAUGAAACCAUUAAAAGGGAUACCUAUGAGCUGUAAACUCCGAGAGGAAGAAAUUACUAUCAGUUUGACAGCUUAUCAAAUGAAAGAAAAAGAAGUCUUUGAAGAAUCUGAAGGCAUUGGAAUACAUUAUGCAAUUUCCUGGACUUUAUGCUACCUCUUGCAUUUUAGAAAAUGAAACACAGAAAAUGCAAGAUCUUCUCAUAGUGUUGAGGGCCAUCUAUUCUUGUACUUCAAGAACAUGGUUUAGAAAGGGGAUCUCCUACUGCCUCUGCCCAGGCAGCCUUCUCAUCUUCCAGAAGAUAUGCUUGUGAAACUAAGACCUACAGCUAGGUUUUCCUCAUAGGAGCACAGAAAAUA